UUGCUGUGAGCUAUGAUGCCACAGUACUCUACCCAGGGUGACAAAGUGAAACUCUGUCUCAAAAAGUAAGUAAAUCAGUGAUGGCUUUGGCUAAUGCUACUUGUGAAGUAGAUGUGAAUACUUCCAAACUGCAUAUAAGUAAACUAUUAGGCAUUAAGUAUGAAUGUUCAAUUUCCUUAAGUAUAAGAUAGUUGAUAUCUAGGUUUCACUUUGAUACUUCUUGGUUUUUGUUUUUUAAUUGGGAAAGUACAUUCUCAUUCUCACAAACACAUGUUUUGGCUUGUGAUUAUCUUUCAAAAAAAAUUUAGAGCAAUUUUGUGAAAUCAUGAAUAAGUAAGAAAUUCAUUUUAUUUUUUAAUAUGACUUCUGUUGUGGAGCUAGUGCAGGUCAGACAACUCAAAAUAUCAAGUGUUUGGGAAGGACGUGGCUAAUGAAUGCAUAGCACAUCCAUUGAUGGUUUGAGAAAUUCGGUUCUCAUGAUUUUAAUCUUGAAAAUGGGCCACAUGGGUGACCUGUCGCCAUGGUUGAUAAUGAUAAGUCUAAAUCUGCAGUGGAACUGAAUCCAUCUCAGCCUAUCUGUCAGCAAGGUUUAAUGUUACUAUUCCUUCAGUGUUGGACUGUGUGAUACACAUCAGCAAGGUAAAGAAGCUUGUGUGAAUUCAAGGAGCAUCAGAAGAGAAAUCAUCUUGAAGCUUGCUGCUUUUUUUUGCUAUCAGAAACAUAAAGGGGAAUCAUUUCUACAGUAUAUUGUUACAUAUGAUGAAAGUUGGAUUCUUUUUGACAAGCAUUCAGCACAAUGGUUGGAUAAAGAUGAAGUGCCAAAACAUAGUCUAAAACAAACAUUCAUCAAAAACAGAUUUUCCUCAUUAGUACUUGGACUCUGUGAGUGAAAACCCAAAGGAAGACACUUUUUGGCUGAGCUAGUAGAAUGCAAUCACAGGAACCCAUGACCUUUGAGGAUAUAGUUGUAGACUUCACACAGGAAGAGUGGGCCUUGCUCGACAGAUACCAGAGGAAACUUUACAGAGAUGUGAUGCUAGAGAACAUUAAUCAUCUGGUCUCCAUUGGCAGAGAAGGUGACUUUAAACAAGAAAUGACAUCCAUGCAACAUAUCUGUCAGAAGGACACAUCCACUGUGGGCACAAUGGUAUCUCAUAUUCAAGAGGAUCCUUUUGAAUGUAAUAAUUUGGGAGAAGAUUUUAUUGAUCAUAUAGCAUUAACUCAAACUAUGAUAACUCACAUGGGAAAGAAACACUACAUGACCAAAAAGUUUGGGAAACCCUUCAGUGACUGGUUAUCCUUUAAUCAGUAUAAGGAAAUUCAUACUAGAUGUAAAUCAUAUCAAAAUCAUCUAUGUGGUUAUCUCUUUAAUCAGAGCUCUUCCUUUAAAAAACACAGUAAGACUCACACUGGAGAGAUAGCAUUUGAAUGUGAUGUGUGUGGCAAAACUUUCAGUAAAAGUUCUAACCUUAGACGACAUGAGAUGAUUCAUACUGGAGAGAAACCACAUGGAUGUCAUCUGUGCGGAAAAGCCUUUACUCAUUGCUCUGACCUUAGAAAACAUGAGAGAAUUCACACUGGAGAGAAACCAUAUGGGUGUCAUCUAUGUGGGAAGGCCUUCAGUAAAAGUUCUAACCUUAGGCGACAUGAGGUAAUUCAUACUAAAGAGAAAACACAUAGAUGUCAUCUGUGUGGGAAAGCGUUCACUCACUGCUCUGACCUUAGAAAACACGAGAGAACCCACUUUGGAGAGAAACCUUAUGGAUGUCCUCUAUGUGGGAAAGCCUUCAGUAAAUGUUCUUAUCUUAGACAACAUGAGAGAAUUCACAAUGGCGAGAAGCCAUAUGAAUGUCAUCUAUGUGGAAAAGCCUUCUCUCAUUGUUCUCACCUUAGACAACAUGAGAGAACUCACAAGGGAGAGAAACCACAUGGAUGUCAUCUGUGUGGGAAAGCCUUCACUGAAUCUUCUGUGCUUAAACGACAUGAGAGAAUUCAUACUGGAGAGAAACCGUAUGAAUGUCAUGUGUGUGGGAAAGCUUUCACUGAAUCUUCUGACCUUAGACGACAUGAAAGAACUCACACUGGAGAGAAACCAUAUGAAUGCAGUAUAUGUGGAAAAGCCUUCAAUCAUUCUUCUGUCCUUAGAAGACAUGAAAGAACUCACACUGGAGAGAAACCAUAUGAAUGCAGUAUAUGUGGUAAAGCCUUUAAUAGAAGUUACAACUUUAGACUUCAUAAGAGAGUACACACUGGAGAGAAGCCAUAUGUAUGUCCUAUAUGUGGGAAAGCCUUUAGUAAGUGUUUUAAUCUUAGGCAACAUGAAAGAACUCACACUAAAAACAUAAUAAAUGUGUACAAUUCAUCAGCCAUAGUUUCAGCCCCUAAAGACACCAGAGGACUAACACAUUGAAGAAACAUUAUGUUUAUAAUCAGUAUAGAAAAACUUAUUUAUCAUUAGUAUUUCACUUAACCUACAUUAAUUCAAAAAUGGCCAGAAUCCAUUUAUAUUUCACGCAAAUGGCACAAACUUUAGACACUGGACUGACCAUUUAUAACGUGAGAGAACCAAACUACAAAUCAAUUGAAUGUGCAAGAAUCAGUAUCCACAGUCCUACCUGUUAAACGGAAAGGGAGAUAUGACACAAGAGAGGAAUUCUGUGUCAGUUAUCAAUGUGAAAAUUCCUUCGUUUAUGAUUUAUCUUUUAAAUAAGUGAGUAACAUCCACAGGAGAGAAUCCCCAUGUCUGUAAUUUCUGCUCACUCUCAUUUAGUUAAUCACCAGUUUUUGGGCUCGCAGAAGAAAAGUCUGCAUCGUGUAACUGAUAAAACAGGAAAUAAGUGAAUAUGUUUUUUCUUAGGUGGAUGAGACUUCUCGAACAAGGCCAGAUAUUCAUAGUGGAAAGUAACCCAAUGAUGAAAAAUCAUGAGAACUCUUGAUUAAUAGAGCAACACUUGUAGGAUAGGUCAGUAUUUACAUGGUAUAAAAUGGCACGAAUGAGGGAAAUUCUUCAGUUAGUUACUCUUUCUCUAGUCAAUACCACCAUUUUACCAGCAGUCCUUACAGGAAGGUGGAAAAGUCUGAAAAGUUGGGCAGUGCCUGUGGCUCAGUGGGUAGGGCACUGGCCCCAUAUACCUAGGGUGGUUGGUUCAAACCCAGCCCCGGCCAAACUGCAAGAAAAAAAAUAGCCGGGCAUUGUGGUGGGCACCUGUAAUUACAGCUGCUCAGGAGGCUGAAACAAGAGAAUCACUGGAGCCCAGGAGUUGGAGGUUGCUGUGAGCUGUGUGAUGCCAUGGCACUCUACCAAGGGCGAUAAAAUGAGACUCUUGUCUCUGCAAAAAAAAAAAAAUAAUAAUAAAAGUCUGAAAAGUCAGACUGGGAAGAAAAUUCUAAAAAGCCAUUAAGCAUUCUGAAAAAAUUCAGAAUUUUGGACAGAUUUGUUAUUGAAAAUAUGUAGAAUAAAAUGUACAAUUCUGAAGUGACCUGGGAAUGUUUUUUUUUUUUUUUCUUUUUAGCAACAGAGUCUUACUAUGUUGCCCUUGGUAGAGUGCCAUGGUGUCACAGCUUAAGCAAUCUCAAACUCUUGGUCUUUUUAGUAGAGACAGAGUCUCACCUUAUCGCCCUUGGUAGAGUGGCAUGGCAUCACACAGCUCACAGCAACUUCCAACUCCUGGGCCUAAGCGAUUCUCUUGCCUCAUCCUCCCGAGUAGCUGGGACUACAGGCGAUCGCCACAAUGCCUGGCUAUUUUUUGUUGCAGUUUGGCCAGGGCUGGGUUUGAACCCGUCACCCUUGGUAUAUGGGGCCAGCACCCUACACACUGAGCCACAGGCACUGCCCCAAACUCUUGGUCUUAAGCAAUUUUCUUGCCUCAGCCUCCCAAGUAGCUGGGACUACAGGUACCCUCCACAAUGCUUGGCUAUUUAUUUAUUUAUUUAUUUGUAUUUGUUGUCGUUUGGCAGGCCCAGGCAUGGUGCAAACCUGCCAGCUCCGGUGUAUGUGGCUGGCAUUGUAGCAGCUGAGCUACUGCACCGAACUGUGACCUGGGAAUAUUGAGUACAAAUAAGAGAACAAGAAAUGAGAUUAAACUUGAUUAUCACUGGCAAAAAGGCAAGAAGUGUUGUUGCUAAGUACAAACUUGAGGUUUCUUACACAGUUUUAAACACACGUUUGUGUCAAUGGAACUAAUGUGCAGUACACAAAAGUUUAUGUUCUAACUGUAAUAUAUGUUAGUGAUAUAAACAUGAUGAUGAAUUUAAACAUGGAUUAUUAAACACUAACUUUAUAUGGCUAAUGUAUAUGUCUUUACCUCCUAGUUUUUUGCAUCCUUAUUGUAAUUGACAGAAAAGCUGUGUAUAUUUAAUGUGUAAAUAACAUAAUGAGUUUGGGGAUAAGUCUACACUCAGGAAACCAUCACUAGUAUUCAUGCCACAAACAUGCUCAUCCCCUUCAAAAUUUCCCUCCUGUCCUGUUGCCUUUAUCAUUGUUUUUUCCAAUCCUUUGCAAAUUUUUAAGUGUAGUAGAAUCUCCGUAGUUGACCAUGUCCUUACAUAGACACCUCAAGUUGACCUAAUUGUCGUAGACUGGACUUGCACCCCACAUACAUAUCAGUAGGCCUAGUUCCUACAUUAACCACCUUAUUAACCAGUUCCUGUCUCUUGGGUGGUCCACUUAACAGAGGUCUAUAAUACAGUACUGAAAACUAUAGACACUUAUAAAAUAUAAUAUUGGAAACAAAAUUAAUUAGAAAUGAAUCUAUUUAAAUGAAAAUUCAUAGUUUUGGAUAAUUGUGGGUUAUUAUGUUAUUCUAUAUUAGCAUGAAUUUUCCCAGAAUCCUGAAUCAGACAAAGUGUAGUUACGUAUAAUACAUUUUUGUUGCCAUAGACUUUUUCAACAAGAACAAAUGAGGACAUAGAAAAGAUUGGGAACAUUUGGAUUAUCCCAUUUCUAGAAUACCUUGUAUAUUUACACUGACUUAUGUGACAAAAAAGCACUGAUCCUCCCAGGGAGAGACUGAACCCUGGAAGAGUAGAAAGGAACCAGGACAAUUUGAUUUUGUCCACAUAUCCCAGUGACAGCAGCUGUAAAUCUACACAUCAGCAACUGGAAAUUCAUCUUGUGUUCAAGCCCCUUCAUCCACACAUGUAGCUGUCAGGGAGAAAGAAACUUGAGGUUCUCUGCUGGGAUGACAAGGCUGGUCCUUGGCAAUAAUUUGGAAAUGAUUAAUAUGUCUGUUUCACACCUGGAAAAAAAAUUGGUGCUUACAUUUAGCCCAAGUUUUUAUGAUGGAUAUGCAGUAGCCUCCUGAAUUAUUUCUGUGCUUUUGUUUGUAUAUUUGAUACUGAUGUGUCUUCAAGUUUGCUAAUGUUCUCUGUGUAGUCUGCCCAGUGCCUCCACGAACUUCAUCCACAGACCACAGUUUGACCAAUUCAGCACUACAGAAUUUCUCUAUUUGUUCCAUAUAACUUUGUUUCACAAUACACAUUUACCCAUAAAUUACUUUUCUAUAAACCAUAAAUUUAA